AUGGACCACAAUCGUCCCCGCCGCUCAUGUGAGCAAUGUCGAGCCAAGAAGACAAAAUGUUCGGGAGAGCGCCCGCAGUGUUCUCACUGCAGACGACAGGGAAAGCAAUGCAUCUACCGUCCCCGUAACAAUCAUCGUCCGACGACGUUGCCGCGACCAUCGUCAUCCCCUCAGCGCGUCGCAACCACACACGACGCGAGAUCACCAGCUGACCUGUUCGACCACGUCCUGCAAGUCUACCAAGCAUCUGUCUACUGUCAGCCUCUACCACUGUUCAAUCCAGCGACGUUACGUCAUGCGCUCCCACACUUUCCCUCGUACCUGAGAUCUGCGGUGCUCGCGCUUACCUUACGGCUGUCCAAUCAUCCUGCCCAUCGCAUUCUGCCAGAGGAGGCAUCGAGUCUGUACACAUCUACAUCCCGCAAUGUGGUCUUGCAAAAGGCCAUGCAGGGUGAUGCGUGCCUUCAAGUCCGACAGACGCUGUGCUUAUUAGCUCUGGGUGAGAUUUUGGACGGGUUGCACGUGCAAGCAUUUGCUACCGUUGGAGCCGCCGCCAGAUUGGAAGCCAUCAAGCUGAGGACAUCGACAGCACAGGAAGACGACGAGCUUCGAUGCCACUGGAGCAUCCGCACCCUUGACAACGCGUUUACUUCUACGCCAAACAUGAAUCAUCCGACUGCUCCAUUGCCCUAUCCAUCAAGCCCCGAGCGGCCACUUCCCACAGACAUUAUGGCAGCCAGAGAGGAAGACAUCUCCAACCGACAUGAGAUCAGAAAGGGCGAAUCCGAGGUCAUCGCCAACUACUUGCAAGCCUUUCAGAUGUGGAGCAAAGUCGCCUGGUAUUUUGAGGACAUGCGCCUUGGGAACCGAGAAUCACCCUGGCUGGCCUCGUCGCGGUACCAUCAGCUCACAGCGGAUCUCUACCAGCAGCAAGCCGAUCUCUCUGACUUGCAUCUAUAUCGGAAUGUCGGCUUCUCUCGUCAGAAUCCUGCAGAUUUACGCAACCGACAAGACUACUGGAUCCCAUGGAUUUCGAUGCAGAUUGGCGCGCACGCCACACCAGCUGUCCUCAAUAACCCGUUUGUUCAACUGUUUGUCCUGCAAAGUGACAAGGGACUGUGUCAGCCACGUUCAUUCCUCCAGCAAACGGUCGACCAAGCCCUGUUUCACUCUGCAUGGGUGGGACGACUGCUUCGCGAAUGUGACAGACUGGAGUUGCCAAUCGAUGAUCCCAUCCUGGGCCAGAUGAUUGCGGCGACUGCAACCAUACCAUUCCUGUUCCGCUUCUCGAGAGACGCAAAGGUCUCGCGUAGAGCGGCUAUAGAUUUGCAAACGUGUCUCGACUGUCUGGCGCAGCUGGCAAAGACCUGGCCCCUCAUCGCGAAGAAGCAUGCGUGUCUGCUGAACCUGCAGAGUACCGUGGAGCAAGAUGGACAGCUGCGCCUGCAGCCGGAAGCACUCUGGUAUGUCGUCUGCGGAGACUUUCUGGACGAACCCAGUCGAUCACUCUCGGAAGCGCAGAUUCACAUCACGACGAGCUUCAUUGAGCCUGUUGGGGACACGAUCCCAGGGGAGGAGAAUGAGCUUCAACCAGAUCACUACAACUGGGCUGACUACUUCGUGGACAGUUUCAUGGUUGAUAAUUAUCUUGUUGGUUUGGAGCCAUAA